UGAUGCAAAACUGUACUGUGAGAGGGGGCGGUGCAUCGUAGCCAACACACACCCACGCACGCACGCACGCAUACUCGGAAGCCCUUCAAUGGAGACAAUGAGAGACUUGGUCCUGAUGGUGAUCAUCUUGCUGCCUCUGGUGGCGUCGGAGCCGGAGCACUGCAUCAUCCGGCGAGAACAUGAGAAAUGCAUGGAGAGGAUGGACAUCCACGACCCCAGCGAGGACUUGGACACGGCGUGCCCUUGGAUGUGGGACAACCUGACCUGCUGGCAGGCGGCCGCCGUGGGGGAUGUGGUGGUGGUCAACUGCCCGGAGUUUUUCCACGACCUGAUGGGCCCCGACGACGAGAUGGGCCGGGUGAGUCGUAACUGCACGGAGGACGGCUGGUCGGAACCGUACCCUCACUACUUGGACGUGUGCCUCUUCUACGACAACGCCACUAAACCGGACAUGUACUACGCCUCAGUGAAGGCUUUGUACACGGUUGGCUACAGCACGUCCCUGGUGUCUCUCACCACCGCUAUGGUCAUCCUUUGCAGAUUCAGGAAACUCCACUGCACCAGGAACUUCAUCCACAUGAACCUAUUCGUGUCCUUCAUGCUGAGAGCCAUCUCGGUCUUCAUCAAGGACGGCGUGCUGUACGCGCAGGAGGACAGCGACCAUUGCUUUGUGCACACGGUGGCGUGCAAAGCGGUGAUGGUUUUCUUCCAUUACUGCGUCAUGUCCAACUACUUCUGGCUCUUCAUCGAAGGCCUCUACCUCUUCACCCUGCUGGUGGAGACGUUCUUUCCCGAGAGGCGAUAUUUCUACUGGUACACCAUCAUCGGUUGGGGAACCCCCACCAUCUGUGUGACCGUCUGGGCCGUCCUGAGGCUCCAUUUUCACGACACUGGAUGCUGGGACACAAAUGAGCACACUGCUCUCUGGUGGGUGAUCAAAGGGCCUGUCGUGGCCUCCAUCAUGAUCAAUUUUGUUCUCUUUGUGGGCAUCAUCAUCAUCCUGGUGCAGAAGCUGCAGUCCCCUGACAUCGGCGGCAACGAAUCCAGCAUUUACCUCAGCUGUGCUCAGAAAUGCUUCAGUGAGCCCUCACAGGCUGUUCAGCAUUCGUGCAGGAUGUCAGAGUUGUCCACCAUCACACUGCGUCUGGCGCGUUCCACCCUGCUGCUCAUCCCGCUGUUUGGAAUUCACUACACCGUCUUUGCCUUCUCCCCCGAGGACGUCAGCAAGAGGGAGCGGCUUGUCUUCGAGCUGGGCCUGGGAUCCUUCCAGGGCUUUGUGGUCGCGGUCCUCUACUGUUUCCUCAAUGGCGAGGUGCAGUCAGAGAUCAAGAGGAAAUGGCGCAGCUGGACGGUGAACCGAUACUUUGCUGUGGACCUGAAGCAGCAGAGGCACCCGUCGCUGGCCAGCAGCGGUGUGAACGGCGGGACGCAGCUGUCCAUCCUGAGCAAGAGCAGCUCUCAGAUCCGCAUGUCCAGCCCGCUGGCGGAGAGCGCCAACAUCAGCCUGCCCACCUGAGCGUGUGACCACGUGACCUCGCCGUCAGCCGCCGCCGCCGCAAGCCGUCUCGAAUGAAUCCACGCCAGGCGGAGGAGACCAAAGUGGCCCCGGCUCAUGAGUAUUUUUAUAUUUUCAGUUUCUCUCAAAGAUGCGCUUCGUGUACAAAUCAAAACAAUCAAA